GUAAUCACCAUCGACUCCAGUGUGGAGCGCUGAUGACCAAUUGCAAACUGACGCACGACGCGGAAUUGGGUGAUCCACUGCUCAAGUUCAUCGUUGGCAGACUGCUCUGAAAGGUUGCCGCCGACGCAGGCGGCACGCAGAGCCAGCUGGUUCGCAGACAAGCGCGUCAUCCGCGGCGAGGCGCGGUGCGGCCGCUAUUCCUGGUGUUUACUUUCGGCGCAUCGCAGCGCACAGUAGGAAACGCUUUAUUUCGGGGCGCACUGAGGCGCUGCUGGCACCGCCGGCAGUAAAGUGUAUCAGCAAGGCUCAAGUAUUUUCGGCAGUCGGACUUCACCGGCGUGCUCCGCCCGGCGAGACGACGUCUUUCGUAAAAAGGUGGCAGCACAAGAUUCCACGCUGCGGGCCAGAAGUUCCAGACGCCACCGCCAGAUCGUGCCACGGCGCAGCCAACGUAGUCGCUUGAUCGGCAACAAGUGGUCGAGAUUCGAGGAUCGGCUUAAGAAGUUGAAAGUUAUGGCGCUACGGUUCUCGCUGAGGCGAGCAUGUACAGCACGCGCGGCCGCUCGCCCGUGCUGCAGGUGGCGCAGCUGCCGGCGCUGGGGCUGAGCCAGCGCUUCUCGCCGCCGCCGCCGCCGCCGCCGCCCCCGGACGCCGCCCCCGGCGCUUCCGCGUCCGCGCCGCCCCUGCGGGUGUCGGUGCAGUGCCGGCAGGGCGGGCGGCGCUACUCGCGCUCCUACACGGACGUGCAGGCCGCCAUGCUGCUGAACGGCGACGCCCCCGGGCAGGUAGCCGGCGACCACAAGCCGCCGCCCUCGCCGCCGCCCCAGAAGCCGGUGCGCCGCGUGCGCUUCGACCUGCCGCCCUCGCCGCCCGCCACGACCGCCAGCCCCACCGUCAAACCCGUGCAGGUGGCGGGCGUCCAGAGCUGGCUGCGCAGUCGCGCCGCCGCCGCCACCGCCUCCGCAGCCGCGAGUGCCGCCGCGAAGCCCGCCGUGGGCGCCAGCUGCUGCCACGAGACGGCCCGCUACCGCCGCGGCACGCUGCCGCCCCCGCAACCCGCCGCCCCCCCGCCACACCAGCAGCUGCUGGUGCGCGCGGCCCGCGAGGCGGACGAGGACGCCUUCUGCCAGCUCAUGGACCUCUCCGGAGCCGACGUCAACUGCGUGGACGCCAGCGGCAGGACGGCGCUGAGCCACAUCGCGGCCCACGGCUCGCUGCCCAUGCUGGAGGCGCUGCUGCAGCACCCCGAGGUUGACGUCAACAAGGCCGACAACGAGGGAAACACGCCACUCCACUACGCCGCGCAGGCCGGCCACGUGGAGGUGCUCAACUACCUGCUGAGCCGGAGGCCCGACGUCGAGGUGGACGCCCGCAACGCGCUCGGCUUCACGGCGCUCAUGAAGGCCGCGCUGCAGGGCCGCACCAAGUGCGCCAAGCUGCUGCUCUUCGCAGGCGCGUCGCCGACGCUGCGCGACUCUGGCCGGGGCCUGCGCGCGGAGCAGUGGGCGCGCUUCUGCGGGCGCUACGUGUGCGCCGAGGUGAUCGAGAAGUUCGCGCGCCACCGCCUGCUGGAGCGCACCACGGCGUACGGCCGGUGGGGCAGCGAGCCGGAGCUCGGCGCCCGUCUGCUGCUGGGCGCGCGGGCCUCCGCCCCCGAGCCGCGCGCCUCGCCGCCGCCCUCGCACGGCCACGGCCUCAAGUCGCGCCUCCGCAAGGCCUUCCGCACCAACAGUAGCUCCGGCUCAUCCUCGUCACCGCCACCAGCAGUGUCUCGCUACUCACUGGUGACGCAGCUGACGACUGCUGCACUGUGUGCCAGCUCCCCAGUGCUGCCUGCUGCACCACAUGUGCCACCAGUUGUCAAGUCGCUUAUCCGGCCACUCACCGUGCCCAAGGUGCAGGUGACACUGGCAGGAUCUGACAAUGCCCAGGAAGCAGAGACUGAAGAAAAUGUGAUGCAGCAGCAGCAACCACCACAGCAGCAGCAUGCAACUCAACAAAAGCCACCAACAGCAAAGUCAGCCCAAGGAACUGCAAGGCACAAAAAGAAGAAAUAACAUUUACUCAUUGGUCCAUUGCCAUACACACUGGCUCCAGUGUAUAAAUUGGCAUUCAUCAACAAAGGCUGAACGUGUGUUUACAAGAACUUGUGGUGUUUCCUUCUUUUGGAGCUGUGGAUGCACAGGUGCUAAAUUGUUUCUGAAAAUCCAGUGAAAUUUCUGGGGCAGAAACAGCUGGAUUAGGAGGAGAACAUCAUAAAUAACUGAACAGCACUGCUGUGUCUGUGGAGCAUCAGAAAUUGCACAGAUGGCACUGAACUCUUCAGUUUAAAAAUCAUCAAGCUAUAACACAGGGUGUACCUUUAUACAGUGCCUACAAGCUCACAGGUCCAAAAAUUUUGAUUCCAUUAAGAACAAAGAUUAUUAUAUUGAUAAGUUCAGAUUUUUUGUAGAACAUUAAGCUAAACAGUUGGAAAAUGAAAAAUUGGUGAAAGCAGUUACUAUACAACAAAUGAGCAGAAAAAUAAAUGCAAGAAAAUUUAUAUUUAUUGUAUUUAAGUGGAAAAUAAAUUCAGUCUCUCUCUCUCUCUCUCUCUCUCUCUCUCUCUCUCUCUCUCUCUCUCUCUCACACACACACACACACACACACACACACACACACACACACACGUUCUCCAAUAUCAGCUUUGAUCCUGCAAAAAGGCUAUUUUGUACAUCUACAAAACUGUUACAAAACUGUUCUAAUUGCCAAUAAUUCUCCUUUAAUGCUAAAAUUUUAAUGAACUUCAAUGUCCACACAAAAAACUUACCUAUGCACCUUCAUCUCUUCUUUAGACUUCUGAUGUCCAGUUCUCUCUCUCUCUCUCUCUCUCUCUCUCUCUCUCUCUCUCACCCCUUUUAAAAAAUCACUGCCAACCUCUUUAACACUUACAAACAUUACUACGCCUUGUGAGGAUCAACAAAAAACAGAUCUUUCAAAUCAUCUUAUUCUUUGCACAGAUUCCAUAACUCUUAAAUACAUAACCAUCCUUGCAGGAACAGUGUUUAUAGCCCAAAACAUCAAAAGAUCUUAUUCCUCUUACUUUGGAGAUUUUUUUCUCUUUCUCAGAGACUUUUCCUCAUCAUGAUUGUAGCUCAUGCAUGUCCUUGAUGCACUGUGAUACUUUUACAUUGUUUCUUGUGUUGACAUAUAACAUUUAUUGGCAGAUUUUUUUGCAGCCUUGAGAACAUGUUUGAACCAGUGGCCUUGAUCAGAAGAUGAAUUUAUUCUUCACUAGUUGGUACCUUCUUUUAAGAUUAAUUUUUCUUUCACACUAGAUAUUUUACUUCAAGACACAAUAUUACCGUGAAAAAUUUUUUUUCAAAGUAGAAAAAGUCUAUAUGUUUCCUUCCAGCAUGUGACAUUAAAUGUGUUAGUAUACAUGUAUACACCUUUCACAUUUGUCUGAACUGGGAAUUGUAAUAGUAAUCAUUAUUGUUCAAAAUUAUCUGACUAUAAAAUGAAAAUGAUGCUGGAAUUAAGAUGUUUUGCAGUGUGGAAUUAGUUACAGAUUUUAGGGGCAGCAAGUCACUGCUUACAUUUAGUGUUUUACAUUUGGCUUUUGACUGAGACAGUUCUUUCCCAGAAGCUAAAUGAUAAAUAUGGCUACUCUAUCACACAAUCAUCUUUUGAGAGGAAAAAAAUGUGUUCAAGAGGUAAAUUAACCAUUCAUGCUGCUCACUGUGUUCUACCAGUUGCUUGUAGUGUAAUGGUCUGAGACCAGAUUUCUUAUAAUUGUGUUGGUUAUAUCAGAGAUAUUCCAAUAUUUUAAGGAUAAAAUUAAUAUUUACAGUACAAACUAAAAUAUACUUCCAAUAUCUGUAUUUAUGUCCAGCAGGAAGUGCAAGUGUACAAUUACAUACAUGCUUUGCUUGAACUUUUAUGUUGUGACAUAAGAAGAAGUUAAUGACUGCUUGUAAUGAAAAAAUAAAGAAUGACUCCACAGACAUACCAGCAGCAGACUCAAUGAACUGAAACAAAACACAAAACACCAAAAGACAACAGGGAUUUUAUCUGUAUGUACUGAAUUAAGAAUAUCUUAUUUGUUAUACUGCACUAAGUGAUAUUAUGCUAUGAAUUUGCACUGUCUUCCCUCCUAAAAUAGGAAUUAUCUCUUGCCUAAAUGUAGCUGAAUUCAUUAAAGGGUUUUCUCUAUGUUUCUGUACUAAUAAUUCCAUGUCAACCAUGUUUCCAUUCAGUGAAUUUAAAAUAUGUAAGCCUAACACAAGUGUUUCUGGAGUUUUACAAUGUAUAUAUUUGUUGUUAUUGAUUGUGAACUGUGGUACAAUGAUGCUGAACAUAUAUUAUAGCAUUUCUAAUAUUUCUUGUAACAUGACUUUUUAAAUAAUGUAUUGAAUAUUCUGUCAAUAAAAAAAUAAUACAUU